CCAUUUAGUCUCUGUUACUCAGCACACGUGCGUUGUUCUCCGUCAGCCGUCAGCCGGCAGCACUUUGAAACAUUUUCAAUUGAAUUUACUAAAACGCAAUUUAAUCGAAAUAUGAAUCGUUGGCGAAAUCGCGUCGCUGUGGUGACUGGUGCCAGUUCGGGCAUCGGUGCCGCCUGUGCCAAAUUGAUUUUGGCCCAAGGUAUACAGGUUGUUGGACUGGCACGUCGCAUCCAACGCUUGGAGCAGCUUAAGCUAUCCCUGCCCACUGCCCAGCAAAAACUAUUCCACUUCAAACAAUGUGACGUAUCUCAAGAACAACAAGUAAAUGAGGCGUUUGAUUGGAUCGAGCAGACGUUGGGCGGCACGGACAUACUCGUCAACAAUGCAGGCAUCCUACGCGAUGGCAAUCUGGUAGACAUGUCAAUUAGUGAUAUUCGCGAUGUAGUAAAUACAAACUUGAUGGGCUCCAUCUAUUGCCUACAAAAUGCUAUCAAAAGCAUGCGAAAACGCAACUACCCGGGGCAUUUGAUUUUUAUUAACAGCACAGCUGGUUUGGCGGGGUAUAAUCCGGGCAAGGAUGAUCCCAGCUUGAAUGUUUAUACACCAACGAAAUUCGCUUUGAAUGCAGUUAAUGAGAUUUGUCGACAAGAGCUGAUAACACUGAAAACAAAGGUCAAGACAACGAACAUCAGUCCGGGUUGGGUAUCUACUGAAAUCGUACCGGACGAAACCAAAGCGCAGUUGGGCGAUGUGAUUUUACAUGCCGAUGAUAUUGCCAAUGCAGUCAUUUAUGCGCUCUCCACACCACCACACGCGCAGGUGCAAGAGAUAACUUUGCGCGCCCUAGGCGAGUGGUUCUGAAUGGGUUGAGUGGUGUGUGGUGUGGGGUGUGGGGUGGAAUGAGGUGAGCAGAAUCAGCGGGAGAGUGUCGACGAACUAAACUUUUGCAAACACACAAACAUACACGCGUACAUACAGAUAAAUACACGUACACACGUACCUUUGCUCGCCUCUAUGCCAACGAAUAACUUUCUUGUUGUUUAUUUUAAUUUUAACGAAUUGUUGCAUUGCUUUGCGGUUGUUGCUUCAAACUAUAUCUAUUAUUUGCUCUUCAUUUCCACAGUCGCCAAUCACACAAAAAUUUACCAAAUUAGAAUCUACAGCUCGUUGAUUGCUUUCGACUGAUAAACUCAUUAAACUGUCAUCACCUAAUAAUCAUAAAA